AUGGCCGACCCGGGUAUGUUCUCGGUGCGCCGCCAAACUCUGGGCCCCGUCACCAACAACGUCUCCGCGAUUCCCAUGCCUGCGUCAGCUAUGAAGCGGACCAGUUCCAUCAACAAUGGGCAACAACAUCAGUUCCCGCCAAACCAUGCGCGGUCGCAAAGUGGAAGUAGAAUGUCCCUCGCGCCCGGUCGCCCAAGUCAGCCCCUCUUCGGACGCUCCUCAUCCGGUACAAACCUCGCCGAAGGAUUUCAAUCGGUGCAUCGCAAUUCCACAAGCAACUUUGGUGCAAGCAGUGCUCGCAAGAGCUUCGCACCUGGCGCCUCCAUGUUCCAGACACCAGCACCGUCAUCUUCAGCUCCAACAUUUGAGCAAAGCGCACAGCGACGAAGCAGUGUCUUCAAAUCACGACAAUCACAUGGACCUGGUCAAUCGGGCGUUAAGCAGUCUUUCUUUCAGACGGCGCCAAUGCCCUCGGUUCCCCCCACGGAUCCGCGACGCCUGAAGGAUGCAAGUACGCGCGCACACAUGGCUCAGGAACUACUCGAAUAUCUAACGCAAAACAACUUUGAGAUGGAGUCCAAGCAUGUACUGUCGAACAAGGCUAUGACAUCACCCACACAAAAGGACUUCAACUGCAUGUUUCAAUGGCUCUACAACCGCAUCGAUCCCAGCUACAGGUUCCAGAAGUCAAUCGAUCAGGAAGUCCCAGUAUUACUGAAGCAAAUGCGCUACCCUUUCGAGAAGUCCAUUAUGAAAUCGCAGAUUGCGGCGGUUGGUGGUAACAACUGGUACACCUUCCUCGGUCUGUUGCAUUGGAUGAUGCAGCUAGCGCGUCUCAUGCAGGCAUACGAGGCUGGUACCUACGAUGAUGCAUGCUUUGAGGCUGGAUACGACGUCUCUGGUGACCGCAUAAUCUUCGACUUUCUGUCAGAUGCCUACAGCACAUGGCUUUCAGCAGAAGACGAUGAUGAUGACGAAGAGGCACAAAAGAAGCACAUGGAGCCCCACAUCAGAGCCAUGGCUGCAAAGUUCGACGCAGCAAACGCUCAGCACCAUGAGCAAGUCAGUUUGUUGGAGGCUGAGCACAAAUACCUUCAAGACCAGAUUGAAGAGCUAGGAAAGUCUGGCCCAAGGAUUCAAAAGCUCGAGGAGCAGAUCAGGAUUCUGGAAGAAGACCGCGUCAAGUUCGAAAACUACAACAACUCCAUGGAGGGCAAGGUCCAAAAGUACACCGAUCGCUGCUCGUUCCUAGAGAAGUCAAUCGAGGAGAUCGAGGCUGAGCUUGAGGCUUCCGAGAAGGAGCAGCAAGAACUCCAGGCCAUCAUCGACGGCCGAGGCAUGACUAUCGCAGAUAUUGACCGCAUGGCAAAUGAAAGGGAUCGCCUUGAUACUUCCCUCCAAGCGACAUCCGCACGACUAGAAGAGUCGAAGAAGCGUGUGGCAGAAAAGGAAUUGAUCGCAUCACGCAAACUGGAUGAGCUCGAACAAACCAUUGAGCGAUACAACAACCUUGGCUACCAGAUUGGCGUCAUACCUUCCACAGCCGUCAACGCGAAGGGACAAGACUAUGAGCUUGUCCUUACCAUAACCGACGGACCCAAUUUCUCUGGGUCACAAAUGGGCGGCUCAUCACAAGAUGCCUCCGAUCGUCUACUACACGACGCAGGUACAGGCUACUCGCCAGCCCAUCUCCUCAACCUCGACCUUCGCGGCACGGUCAAGGCCAACAUCCUGGCCCUCCGCAAGGAGAUUGCAGAGCGUCGCAACCAAGCCCUAGAAGCCGACAUGAACAACCACGAUCUGCUCGACAAGAUCAAAGAAGCCAUGGACGACAAGCAAGCCGAAGUCGAAGCCCUCGGCCACCGCGUUGCUCAAGCCGAAGAAGAACUCGAAAAGCUUCGUGAGAUCACAAACACACAAAAGAGCCAGUCAGACGCUCAAAUCGAACGCAUGGAGAAGGAACUAGGUCGCAUGCGCAGCGGCUUAGGUGAAUCAGUCCAACUCAUGGUCCAACGUGAGAUGGCCGUUAACAUUGAAUACGAACAACUCCAACUCCGCGCCAAUGCCCUCCGCGAAGAACUACACACGGAGAUUGAGCGCAUGCUUGACGACAUUGUCCGCUUCAAACUCCACGUCCAAAAGAGUCUGGAGGAGUACGAGCAGUUCAUCGCUGACGAAGUUGAGCGCAGCUGCGAAGAGCAGGAUGCACUUGCUGAAGAUGGCGAGGAGCAGGAUGAGGAUGAGGAGAUGGUUGAUGAGGAGUAA